AUGACGAGGAAACGACAAACCCAAAGCAUGGAUGAUGGCAAGAGCAGGAAAAGGAUCCUGAAGCCGGUUGUGGAGAAGAAGAGACGAGAUCGAAUAAAUCAAAGUCUGGCUGAGCUGAGAAGUUUGCUGCUGAAUUCCACGUGUGAUCCGCGACUGCAGAAUCCCAAAAUAGAGAAAGCAGAGAUUCUGGAUUUGACUGUGGAGUAUCUUCAGAAGUGGACAGAUGGGAGGAACCAGAGCAACGAUUCCAGUAACAGUCGGAUGAAGCCUCCUCUGGUGAGACUCGGCCACUCAGACUGCAGCCCUCCUCCUCGUCCUCCUCUUCCUCCUCCUCCUCCUCCUUUUUUCUUCAGCAUGGAGAGCGCAGGUUUCCAGCAGUGCGUGGCCCAGCUGAGCAGCUACAUGCACCGGAUACCGGCGGCUCAGAGGGCAGGGCUCAUCGAGAGGCUCAGGCUUCACUCGGAGGGCUGGCAGCCGAAGCCAGACUUCCACCAGAAGGCGGCCGAGGCGCCCGACGCUGCUUCCGUCGAUGCCAUUUGCACAUCUGACACCAAAGAAGAGUCUGUCAGGUUGCUUUUUCCAUCCCACUCCCCCUUCCAGCCUCACUCCUGCUCCACGCCUGCCCACGACUACCUGUCCCCUCCUCCCUCUCCCUGGUUCUCUCCUUCCUCUUUCCCGCCAUACGCUGCCUCCCCUCCUUUCCCGUCAUUUGCCUGUCACUUCUCCUUCCCCCCCAGUCUCUCACCUCCGUCCUCCAACACCUCCUUCUUCAGUUUCUCACCCACGCUUCCUCACUCCGGCCUGCCCGGCCUCCACGUUCCCCCCAACCCCGUCCACAGGGAGGGGCUGGUGCCAAACUCCUCCUUGGCCAUGUGGAGGCCUUGGUUUUGAUUUUGGAGCAGAGACUCGAAAGAAAGCUGACAGCAGAGACACCUUGUGGGAACAAACUGCAACUGUGGAGAGGACGGAAGACUCUUCAUGGCAGGAAUGUACAGUGUAAAUAUUAUUAAAGUUGCCUAUAUUUCGUAUUUCUCAUUAAUAAAUCUCAUAC